AUGUCUUCAAUUUUCGAUGCUUCUCUUCUAGCUCCACACGUACCUCAGGAUAUUCCUGAAAAUUUAAAAGUUCGUCCUUUGGCUAAAGAUGACUUUUCAAAGGGGUAUUUGGAGCUUCUCGGUCAGCUAACUGCUGUUGGAGACCUUGACCAAGAAGCCUUUGAAAAGCGGUUCGAAGCAAUGAGAGUUUCGGUACCAAACUAUCAUAUAGUUGUUAUCGAAGACAUAAACUCUCAAAAAGUGGUCGGAUCUGCUAGUUUGGUAGUCGAAAUGAAGUUUAUUCACGGAGCGGGAAGCCGUGGAAGAGUCGAAGACGUAGUUGUAAGCAGUGAGAUGCGCCGUCAAAAACUCGGAGCUGUUCUUUUGAAAACAUUAGUAUCUCUCGGAAAAUCUCUCGGAGUUUACAAAAUGUCUCUCGAGUGCGUGCCAGACCUUCUUCCAUUUUACUCACAGUUUGGUUUCAAAGACGACUGCAAUUUCAUGACACAGCGUUUCCAAUAA